AUGACAGACACAGUCAUUGUCCCAGCCGGUCUGAAUGUGAAGGCCAAAGCCCCGGAGAAAUUCAGCAUUCAUGGUGGGGAUCACAAAGUUUUGGCCCUGGACUCUGAAACCCUCAAAGCAGUUCCCAAUAAAAGCUACAGACAUCCAGAGACCUUCUUUGUAUUAGCUUCACACUUGAGGUCAGCCUGUGAAGAGAAAGGAAGUCUGAUUCUCUUGGCAGUCUCUAAAGGAGAGCUCUGUCUCUGCUGUGACAAUUGCAGAGGACAAAGCCGACCAUCACUACAGCUGAAGAAGAAGAAACUUAAAGACUUGGAUGCUCAGAAGGAACCAGCACUUCAGCUCUUCAUCUUCUAUAGGGCCAAGACAGGCUCCUGGUAUACUUUAGAGUUGGCUGCCUACCCUAGAUGAUUCAUCUGCACGUCCUCCAAUUCUGACGAAACUGCUGGAGUGACAGAUAGCCUCGGGAAAAGGAAGCACACUGAAUUUGCCUUUCUUUGGGUUCACAAAGCUGAAAUGAACUCCAAUGAUGACAGCAACUAG